AUGAUAUCAGAAUCACUGAACUCUUUAUAUAAAAACCUGAACCCGUUCCUCAACGUCUUCCUUGGUUAUUCUAGGAACUACUACUCCCGAACUAUACCCUCUUCCCGGGGUUUAUAUUAUCAUUCCACCCCCUACGGUUUUACGAAGCAUACCUCACGCCUCUUAACGGACACAAGCAUUGCGUUCGAUUUGCAAUUAUCCGACUGGGUUCUGAUUCGUUAUAUCAACAAUACACCCACCUAUCUCAAACCCCCAACUUCCGAACGAAAUACCAUGUCCUCCCCCGCAAUGAGCAAAGCACCCCCCAAGCUAGGCUCCAAGGCCGGAACUCCCGCCAAAGCCCGCAAAGCAUCCGGCUCUAGCGCAGCCAGUAAACCCAGCACCACCACCGCAAGCCCUAAAGACGCGAAAAUGACAACCACACCACGGAAACUCUCCCAGAAAGCCCCAGAAACACUCGACGAUGACAUCGAAGGGCCGUCCAUUCUAGAGGCCCCCUCCCCGAAGUCGAAGAAGCGCACCGAACAACGCCGCCCCAUAUCCUCACCCGACGAUGCUGCCUCCCAGGUGCCUUCCGCCUCCGGCUCUGCAGCCCCCCUUGGCCGCGCCUCCGGCGGGGCAGGUAAGGCUAAGGACCUCGCCGGCAAGAUGAAGGAGACAGCCCAGCAAGGUCCCGAGAGUGUCCAGAAUAGUGGCAGACAUGCUACCCAGACUGCCACCGAUACCCUGCCUGUGCCGUUCGAUCUGUCAACAUUGAAGGGCCUUAACGUCGCCGAGGGCGGGAAUAUCCUCGGACAGGACGGCGCUCUCAUUGGCAAGAUUGUCGAGGGUGAUGCGGAGGGUCUCGUCGGGCAGACUGUUGGAGAUGACGGGGAGAUUCUCGACGAGGAGGGCGAUUUGAUUGGUCGCGUUGAUAUCCUCCACGAGGUCCCAGACCAGGCUAAGAAUGCCGGCGAAGAGGCUCGGGAGAGCGUUGGAGAGGUUGAUCCGGAGAAUCUUGUUACGGAUAUCGCGCAGCUUGAAGGGCUGCCUGUGUCUGGUGGCGGUGUUAUCAAGAACGCUGCUGGUCAGAUUGUUGGCCGGAUCGUUGAGGGUGACCCUGAAGACCUUAUUGGGUAUACACUCAAUGACGAUGGUGAGAUCGUUGAUGACGAUGGCGAUGCUAUUGGCCGUGUUGAUUUGAUCCCUAUUGAGGAGCAGAAGAAGGCCAUUGAAGGUGCUACUGGUGAUGCCCCUGAGAAGGUCGGUAGCGCCAAGGACGAUCUUGAGGAUCAGUACGAAGAUGCUCAGAAUAAUCUCUCCGCCGAUCAGGGCAAGAGCGCUGUUGUUGGCGUGACUGAUGAGCCUCAUGAGGAUGUUUCCGAUGUCGAAGGGAAUGUCGACAAGGGUAUGUCUACUGCCGAAGAUGCCACCUCCAACGCCGGCGCAGUCGACGCUGCUAAGGACACCGCCGAAGAUGGCAAGGUUGACCUCGAAGACACUCUCGAAGACGCGAAGGACAGCGCCGAACACGCAGGUGAAGACGUCACCGAUGCCUUUGAUGAGAAGAUAGAAGGUGCCAAAAGAACUACUGAAGAUGCCGCCAAAGAGGCCAAGCAGACCGCCGAGACCGCCGAGGAUGUUCGGCAACGGAUUCCCGGUCUCGAAACCCUCGAAGGCAAGUUCUGCAACAAGUUCGGCUACAUUAUAGAGAAAGCCACGGGCAGGCCCGUUGGCAAAUUGAACAAAGGCGACCCAAAGAAAUUGUCUAAGCUCGGCGCAACGCUCGACGACAAGGGUCAGUUUUGGGACAACCGCGGCAAUGUGAUCGGCCAAGCCAAGGCACUCCUGAUCGAAGAGGAUGAAGGAGAAGAAGGCCCCUUCUCCGGUCUGGAAGGCCUCGUUGUCGGCGAAGGCGGGUUUGUCGAAGACAAGAACUCGAACCGCAUUGGCCGCCUGAUCGAAGGCGAUGCGAAGAAACUGAGCGGACGUGGCGUUGAUGAGGAUGGCGAAAUCCUCGACCGCAAGGGUAACGUUAUUGGGCGUGCUGAGCGCCUCGAACCAGAGGAGGAAGAGGCCAGUGAUGAUUUCUCUGCCGUUAACGGCCUCUCCUGCAACAAGGCUGGGUAUGUCAUCGGACCUGAGGGGUACCCAAUCGCCCGGGUUGUUGAGGGGAAUCCUAAGGUGCUUACCGGUAAGAAGAUCGAGGACGGCGAGAUCUACGAUGGGAAGAAGGUCGUUGGCCGUGUCGAGCUCAUUCCCGAGGAUGAGAUCGAGAGAAAUGCCGAGGGUCCCUUCGCUGGUAUGGAGAGCCUCCUUGUUACCAAAGAUGGAUUCGUUGAGGAUGAUGAGGGAUCCAUUGUUGGUAAGCUUAUCGAAGGUGACCCCAAGAAGCUGCGUGGUCGCGCUGUCGACGAGGAUGGCGAGAUCACCGAUAAGUACGGCAACGUUAAGGGUCGUGCUGAGCCUUACGAGCCUCCACAGGAGGAGCCCCCUGCGGAGGAGGACUUGUCUAUCCUCGAGGGAAAGGUUCUCAACAAGGCUGGAAACGUUGUUGACCCCGCCACUGGGGCAGUGGUCGGCCGCAUUGUUGAAGGUGACGAGCGCCUCGCUGGAUGCAAGGUCGACGGCAAGGGCCAGAUCUGGGGCGACAAUGGCAAGAUUGUCGGGCGUGCCGAGCUCAACCCUGCGGCCGAGCAGGAUAGGGCCGAAGGUCCAUUCUACGGAUUCGACAACGCUGUCAUCGGCAAGGAAGGAGUCGUGCAGGACGGCGAGAAGAUCAUCGGACGUCUGAUUGAAGGCGACACCAAGCGACUUUUCGGCCGCAAGGUUGACGAGGACGGUGAUGUCCUUGAUAAGAACGGCAAUACGAUCGGCAAGGCCGAGCGCAGGGAGCCUGAGGAGAAGAAACGUAAUGUCAGCCCCAUGUAUGGGCGCAAGAUCACGAAGGAGGGCGAAGUUCGCGAUGCGGAUGGCAACCUUAUUGGCAAGCUGACUUGGGGUAAUCUUGCCACGCUGGUCGGCAAAACUGUCGACGAUAACGGCUAUGUUGUUGACAAUGACGGCAACAAGGUUGGCGAAUGCACCUUGCUUGAGAACAUCCCCGAGCCGGAGCCCGAGGAGGAGGAAGAGGAGGGACCCACGCUCGAGGAGCAGGAGGAUGCGGCGAAGGCUGAAUCCGACCGCCAGCUCGCGCAGAAGAUGAUCUCCAUCCUCCGCCAGACUCUUGAUCAGGUCAAGCCUGUUUGCAGGCAGAUCGCGGAGGCCUGUGAGAAAGCCGACCGCACCCCGAAGGACGAACUCGACGAGGAGAAGCUUGUUCAAACCAUCAAGCCGCUCCUCGAAGAAGGCGGCCGCAUUCUGCAAGAGUGCAACGGAGCCAUCCGUGCACUCGACCCCGACGGACGCAUUGCCGCGACCGCCAAGGCGCGCGCUGCUUCCCGCGAUGCCACCCCCGAGGAGUACCAGCUUGCCGACAUGAUCAAAGAGCUCACAGAGACGGUCAUUAAGACUAUUGACAACGGCAAGAAACGCAUCGCUGAUAUGCCUCACGCUAAGAAGAAGCUUAGCCCCUUCUGGGCUCUGCUCUCUGAGCCAUUGUUCCAGAUCAUCGCUGCCGUUGGCUUGUUGCUUAAUGGUGUGCUUGGACUCGUUGGUCGUCUGCUUGAUGGUCUUGGUCUUGGUGGAUUGUUGAAUGGUCUGCUUGGCAGUCUUGGAUUGGACAAGGUGAUUAAUGGACUUGGUCUGGGGAGUUUGACUGAUGCUCUUGGACUGGGUGAGAAGAAAUGA